AUGAGGUCUUAUAAUAUGAUAGCUUGUAAAAUUCCUGAGACAGCUUUGAUUUCAAGAAAUGCAAUCAUAAAUAAACGCAUGGAUAAUUUGUUUAGAGACUCUAAUAAUGUAUCUAAAGACGGAAAUUACAAAUGCCACAUGUCAUACCAAUUCAUUAUUGUAUCGAUAAUUUUAUAUAUAUAUAUAUAUCUUCAAUAUUUAUAUGAAUCACAAGGAAAUGCAACUAGGGAACUGCAUUUCAGUGAAUAUCAUUCAAGAAAAUUGGCUCAAAAACAAAAUGAUAACAUUAAACCAGUAGAUAAACAUACUUUGAGUGGUGGAAUAUUUGAAAGAGUAAAGGUAAGAGACGAUGAUGAAAAAUAUAUGAUUAUUAAUGGAAUGUAUUCAGGCAUGAAAAGUGAAUUGAUGAAUUCUCCUUCAUUAAGUUUCUUCUCUCCUGAAUUUAGAACUUUAUUAUGGGAAAAGUGGACUGAAUAUUCAAAUAUUAGAGUAUUUUCAUUAGAAAAAAGAGAACAUACAGAUUUUGAUAGACUGGAGAAAACUCCUAAUUUACAUAUGUGUGUUUUAACUCUAUCCAGUUCUUUCCUUAAGGAAUAUCUUAAUUUACGUGGGGAAUUAAGUAAAAAUUUUGGUUUUUUUUUAAGAUAUGCAUACAUUCUGCUUAAAUAUAUAUUUGAUUAUGAAGGUAAAAAUAAUAAUACUUUAGAUUUUAAUGAUGUUUUAUUUGAUGGAGUAUUAGGAAUUCCAAGUGCAGAAUUUAUAAAUGAUGAUAAAAGUAUUAUAAUAUAUUUAAAAAAGAUAUCAAAAUUACCAAAGAAUAAAAAAGAUAGAUUAAGAAAUCCAAAGGUUCUUGAAGUAUUAAAUGAUCUAAUAAGAUCGAUAGACAUUUCGAAGGUAUCUUGA